GUCCGCCAUAAAACCCACAGAAGAAGAAGAAAAAUAUCAUGGCGGCCUCCAUUAGGUUGCUCGCGCGGAGAAUUGUUCGUGACGCUUCUCGAAAUAUCAACAGCAGCGUGUCUGGUCGAAUAGUCAGGUCGAGUUGCCCUUCAAAUGUUUCAGCUUGUCGAUGUUUCAGCGAUGGUGCCGCGGACAAAAGUACACAUUUCGGCUUCGAGACUGUGCCCGAAGGAGAGAAGGCAGAGAGAGUUUACAAGGUGUUUGAGAGUGUGGCCCAGAAGUAUGAUGUGAUGAAUGAUGCUAUGAGUCUGGGGGUCCACCGGCUCUGGAAGGACAUGCUACUCCACGUUAUGAACCCCCAGCCAGGCAUGCGCCUACUGGACGUAGCUGGAGGAACAGGUGACAUCUCCUUCAGAUUCCUGGACUAUGUGAGGUCUCAGCAGGAGCGUGUUGCACGGCGGACUGCCCGGGCCAACCAGACCCCCUCAUGGCAGGAGAUAUCAACCAGCUACACGCCCCCCACAGAGGGAAUAGAGAUGGAGACAGAGGCCAGAGAGUCCAGGGCCGUCGUCUGUGACAUCAACAAGGAGAUGCUAAAAGUGGGCAAACAGAAAGCAGAGAGCAUGGGCGUCAGUAGUGGCCUGUCCUGGGUGGUAGGAGAUGCAGAGGAGCUGCCUUUCGAUGAUGACCAGUUUGAUGUGUACACCAUCGCUUUCGGCAUCCGUAAUGUCACCCACAUAGACCUGGCCCUACAGGAGGCUGUACGGGUGCUGAAGCCAGGGGGAAGGUUCAUGUGUCUGGAGUUCAGUAAAGUCACCAACCCACUGCUGUCCAGGCUCUACGAUGCCUACAGUUUCCAGAUGAUCCCAGUGCUGGGGGAGGUGAUCGCUGGUGACUGGAAGUCUUAUCAGUACCUGGUGGAGAGCAUCAGGAAGUUUCCAGACCAGGAGACGUUCAAACGAAUGAUUGAGGAGGCAGGGUUCUUUUCCGUCCGCUACCACAACCUGACAGGAGGAGUGGUGGCCCUCCACUCUGGAUUCAAGCUGUGAGCAGAGCAGUGCUGAUCUAGGAUCGGGUACCUACUGUCGAUUAUAAUUGUAUUCAUUAGGAUCUAAAAGGCAAAACUGAUCCUAGAUCAGCCCUCAUGCACUGAGACAAUUUAUGAAUAUGGGCCCUGGACUCUAACCAGUCAAGGCCGAGGCCCAGUGUGAGACAGACAGCUCCUCUAGGGUAUGUGUGACUGGGGUUUUAAACCCAAGCAGAUCCCACUGCAAACAUCCAAGGAAACAAUAUACACAGAAAUGGAAACACUGACAUGCUGUCUACAAUAUUUGUGCAUUAUAUUUAUUUUUCUGAUGGUUUGAGGAAAGGCUGUUUUUUCUCAGUGGGUACAAUAAAUCUAUUUAGCAGGUUUCAUUUUGGGGUUACAAUGUGAACCCAACCUCUGCUCACAGGUCCUCUAGAGGCCAGAAGUUCUGUCCCAAAUGGCACCCUAUUUCCUAUAUGGACCCUGGUCAAAUGUAGUGCACUAUAUAGGGAAUAGGUUCCCAUUUGGGAUGUAGCCUGAGCGACCAAUGGGAGGAGCACUUCGCAAAGGGAGCAUCAUGACACCACAAUUUAAAAUCUCAAUAUUUUUUGGUGAUGUCAACCAAAAAGUGUCAACCGGUUUUACAAUAAAAGUAAAGGCCUACAAACCUAAGUCCUCUUUUGUGCUUUAGCAAUCCAAUAUUGUUUCCCGCUUUCAAAAUAAGUACUAACUACUGUGAAACAUCUUUAAAUGCUUGAUUUAGUGAGAUUCGGAUGGAUUUUCUAGUCACUUUUCCCCAUCUGGAUAGAGCAGUCAUCCCAUGUGAAAAGUCCUAUUACCCUCCUCUGGUCAACUGAGAAACUACAUUACAGAAACUACAGAACACAUGAUCACUCUGAAAGUUAUGGAUUGAUAUGGUCCCCUGUUGCUGAAACUUGACUGAAAUAACCCUGAACCACACAAAGCCACUAAUUGUGUACAAAUCAAUCAAAUAAAACUUUAUUGAAAGCAUAUUUUAAAAUCGCAAUACAUUUUACAGUAAAACAAUAGGAUGAAGGAGAAUUUUCUGUUUUAAAUUAAACCGAAAGCAAUAAAAGAGACGAACGCAAGAACAUUCAAACAAAAGAUGUGUAAAAUAAUAGUGACAGAGAGCCUCACAACAGAGCAUUGUUUUAUGGAGACUCAUUUUCUGUUUUCUUUUGUCUUUUAUUAUGACUCCUGGCCAGUCAUCACAGGGAUCUGAGGACGGUCCGAUUGUUGUGGCCACUGAGUUGUUUUUAACAUUUGAAUACAGCUGUUUAAAAUGCAGUUGUUCAGUGUAAAUGCAUUGCUGAGUAUCAUAUGUACUAAGAUUUAUAUUAGCAGGGGUGGACUUAGACUUAGCAAGGCCAGUCCCCUUUUAUAGUAAAGACGUAAUUAAACUGUAAAAAUGUAUUACCUUUUUAAUGUGCCCAGAACACAACCAGUCAUGAUGUUUUCAUAA